CAGUAUGGGAUUUUAUUCGUUCAUCUUCCAACUCGAGUUCAAUGGGAUGCGCCUCAAGGUAGGGUUGAUUGGAACCAUGUCCGUUCAUAUCGCUUCCUUUGAUCCACGAUUCAACAUACUCCCCAGCCAGAGUUACAGUCCAUUUUCAAGCCGCCAUGCAAGGACGAAGGCAGAUGUGGAUUUUGGCGUUUGUCUUCACCUUCUGCCAAGCCAAUGGCUCAACGUCCUUGGUCGUUGUCGUUUACGCGUCCGGCGCAUCAUCUAACGUCCAAUCCAGUGCCGGCUAUCGCAUGUGAACUUGCAAUUAAAAAUCCUUGAGUUGCGAUCUGAUCUUAUGCAUUCUUCAACUUUAUGCGGAAUCUCCUUCUCUCUCUGGCUAAGAAUCGUGCUCUUCGGCUCUCCCUUCCUCUCUCUGUGUCUGAAAAACUUUUUGGUUCUUCGGCCGCCUCCCACUCUCUCUCUCCCUCUCUCUCUCCCUCUCUCUCUCCCACACACACACACACACUGAUAGACAUGGAAGCAUCGUGGAAGUUCAGUGGUGGAGUGGCGAAGGCGAAUCUGAUACUGUCCGGUACGCGGAUCCUCCACCGAGCGUGGGAGUUCAUCUCACAGAUCCAACAAUCUCCCAGAUCAAUCAGCUUCGCCAUCAGGGAGCUUCCCCGCUUCACGAUCCUCGCCUUCAAUUCACGGAGUCGACCGCAAGACGUGCUGCCAAAUUUCGAGUCACUGGUUGACUCCCAUCCUCUGAGCUUCCUCAUCACCAAGGACAACCCCUCCGUUGCUCUCGACAGCUUCCCUCUUUCCACUUUCUGCACACUCUUAGAACACCCCGAUCUCAAGAACAAGCUUAAGACACUAACCGCCAAAAAUCAACCAAGGCUCAUAGUUGUUGGUCACGCGGAAGGGGGAGCAGUGGCUGCCUUAUUCACGCUAUGGCUUCUGAAGAACAGGUCCUCCGCAGCACUGCCCUUAUGCAUCACCUAUGGAUCCCCUUUUAUUGGAAACAAAGGACUCCAGACAGCCAUUGGCAAGAUGGAGCAAUCGAAGUCUCAAUUCUGGCACGUCCUCAGUCUUGACGAUCCCGUAAUUUCCUCCUGCGGCUUCCUUGAAUCAGCCGAACUACAGUUCAAACCUUUUGGCACCUAUCUUCUCUUAUCAGAAUCAGGUUAUGCUUGUAUCGAUGACCCCGAUUCGGUAAUCGAGCUGUUGAGAUCAGCAGAUUCAGCUCAAACGGAACCCAAGGAUUAUGGAGCCAUGCUUCAGCAACUAGAGCAGAGCACCAAAUACAGAAAAUGCAACGUUCAGGUCACUCCUUCCAAUGACAGUCUAAAAGUGGAUUUGGCUCUACAAUUACAAACAUUGGAAAUUGGCUACAAUCAUCUGAAGCAGGGUGAGGAUGCCCUUCUUCAAGCAAUGGAGAAAAGGCACAGAAGCGAAUGGAAGAAACCGACUCACAACUCGAAGAAGCUCAACAACAUGAAAAUGAAAAUGGCCCAACUUGAGUGGUUCAUGAAAUUCUGCGAGAAAGGAGGCUGCAACUACUAUGAUUAUUACAAGAGACCAGAGAACUCUGGACGUGAAAAUGUAAACGUUUGGACUGAUAUCAAGACCUUCCUCGUCGACUACUGGAAGAAGGAGGUGAAUAAAGUAGAAAACAAGCCACAAACACAAGAUGCUCAGUUCCGAGACAGAUGGCUCUUCGGAGGAAACAACUACAGAAGGAUGGUGGAGCCUCUGCACAUUGCUGAAUACUACACAAAAGGUGGUACGGACUACCUGAAUCGCAGAGAGGCUCACUUUGCAAAGCUGGAGGGUUGGGAACAAGCGGAUUCUGCGAAGGAGGAGAAGAAGGGCGACGCUCCAAAGAAGGAGGAGCCGAAGGGGAAGAGCGCGGCUCCCAACGUCACGCACGACUCGUGCUUCUGGGCUCGCGUGGAGGAGGCUGCGCUCAAAUUGCCUGAGCUCGAGAAAGGUGGGGAGGGCAAGAUAAGGCAAGAAUUGAGAGAGUUUGAAGACUACGUCAUGAAACUGGUGAACGACUAUUGGUUGUCGCCUGAUGCUUUCUUUGAGGGAAGCUCAUUCAUGGUGUGGUGGCGACGCUACUGGGAGAUGUUACAGAGGGUAGAACCAGAUUCUGAUCGAGAUUCCCGCCCGUUUAUUGUUUUCAUGAGCAAAGACGGAUAUCUCAAUUACGUAAAUUCAGCUCAGUGAAAACAAUAUCAUCCCUUUCUUGAUAUGCAUGGAUCAAAAAAAUAAGAAAUGUACAACGGAAAUGAAAUCGAAUGAAAAAUUGAUCCUGAAGA